AUGAAAAUUUCUUCCCCAACUAAUCUUGAAAUCAAAAAGACAAUCAAACCAGAAAUUAAGAAAAAGAAUUUUGUGUUGGAUAUUGAAAAGGAGACUGAUUUUGAGCUCCCUAUGAAUUUAUAUGAAGAUAAGGAAGAAUUUGAACUGGUUGCUGAAUUGAAAAAUUCUACCCCAACAAAUUUACCCAAAAAGACUAUUAAGAAAUCUAUUAAGGAAACGAAUUUGGUUGAGAAGUUUGAAAAAGAAAAUGAUCUUGAUCUCCCAAUGAAUUUGUUCAAAGCUAAGGAGGAAGACAAAUCUGAGCAGGAAAGUGUUGUUUCUGAAAAGGAUCUAGCAAUGGAUUUUGAGGAAGCUGAUUUUGAACUUCCUAUGAAUUUAUUCGAAGAAAAGGAAGAGGUUGAUUUUAAGGAGUCUGAAAAAGAACAGGUUGAGACUGAAAUUAUUGAGGAAAUUGGCUUUGAAAAUGAGAUUCAAAUUGCUAAGAAAGAUGAACAUGUUGAGAAAGAUUUUGAGGAAGUGAGAAAAGAGAAAGCAAACGAAUUAGGUCGCAUGAAAAAUGAUCUUGAUUUAUGCAAUCAGGAAGAUUCUUUGGAAAUUAAAGAGAGAAAUUUUGAGAAUUUUGGAAAAAAUUUGGACCAUAUUAUUGAAGAAAAUUUUAAGGAAAAAAGAAAGGAGAAGGCAAAUGAAUUGGGCCGAAUGAAAUUUGAUUAUGAGUCCAAAUUUUGA